AUGUGGAAACGCACCAUUCAAAGGUGCAGCUUCUCCACUACUGCGCGACGAUGGACUGCCCCUGAAACCACCCAACAACCAUUCCCUCCAGACAUCAAUGAAUGGUCUCAUCCUCCCUCAAAUGCUUCGAUCUCAGAUGAGGAAGUCUAUCGCUUGGCUGCAAAGCCUCGUCAGCCCUUGACCCUUGCUGAUCUGGUUAAACAUGGCAAACCACCUCUUCCCGAUGCCGCCCUCCUCUCAUCCGCCAACUUCACCCUCUCUCGUCUACCUGCCCGUCUGGCUCACCGCAUACAAGCCCUUCGAAAUCUCCCCUUUAUUGUCGUGGCGAACCCCAACGUCUCCAAGAUCUACAACAACUAUCUCCAUUCUUUGUCCACCCUCGAACCUUUCUACAAGAAAUCAAUCACCACGAUAGAAGAAGAGAUCAAGUUCACAGAGGUCAUGGCCGAUCUAGUCCGCACCCAUUCCAACACAAUACCUACCCUUGCUCAAGGGUUUCUUCAGUGUAGAAAAUACAUUGAUCCGGCUGAAGUUACCCGUUUUCUUGAUCAACAUCUCCGAGCACGUAUCGGCACUCGUCUUUGUGCUGAACAGCAUCUUGCACUACAUAUGGCCAGUACGGGUGAUGCCGCUCUGCAGCCUCCAGAUCCAUCCCAUGUUGGUGUCAUUGACCUCGCACUUCAACCUGCAAGUAUCGUUCGACAAUGUGAGUCAUUUGUAGCUGAGGUUUGUGAGCUGAAGUAUGGCAUUCGACCGUCUUUGGUCAUCAAUGGCGAAGUCGACGCUGAGUUCGCACACAUUCCUAUGCAUGUCGAAUAUAUCAUUACAGAACUGCUCAAGAACGCAUUUCGAGCCACCAUCGAGUCUGGCAAUGAGCAAUACCCUAUAGAAGUUACCAUUGCCUCAGCACCUGAUGUCACGACCACCAAGCUAGACGCUCUCAAAAAAUUGUCGGUGACGGAAAGCACUAAUCAUGAUUUCUCUCAGGAUGGCCUCGAAGAAUAUUGCUCGGGCGACGAUAGUGAGAUGCCUCCACUGAAAACCGCUGCUCCGUGCAUUACUCUUCGGAUUCGUGACCGGGGAGGUGGUAUUUCAGCAGAAGCCUUGCCCAAUAUCUGGAGCUACAGUUUCACAACAUUCAACAAGGAAGAGGCCGAUGAAGCUGCUAACGGCGGCAACGGCAAUUCUGAGGGGUUGAACGCAAUCGCAGCCAGUGGCAGCAAUCAAAGCUCCAUCGCGGGUUUGGGAUACGGCUUGCCUCUAGGAAGGGCAUACGCCGAAUACUUUGGUGGAGGCAUCACACUGCAGAGUAUGUACGGCUGGGGCACAGAUGUUUAUCUAACAUUGCAGGGCAUCGGGAAAAUGGAUGAUCUGAGAAAGCGACCAAGUGCUUUCAAGGAACUUGAGAUGGAGCACAGACACGAGCACAAGAGAGGCAAGGAUUGA